AUGGUUAAUGGCUCAUCAAUAAGCACGCAAGUAUCAGUCCACAACCAAUAUGAUAUCCAAGACCCUUUGCCAACAGGAACAAAAUUCGAAUACAUCGUAGAUCAUACCAUAAGGCUUAUAAACACUAACAUCUGCAUCGUGGCAAAUGCAAACAAUCAAAUUAUGGCAGAAAAUUGCACCGAAAACACAUCAAGGUGGAUCCUGGAUUUAACUAACUACCAAUGGAUUUCUCUGGAAACAGGCCUAUGCAUCACCUUACAUGAUGAAGAAGAGGGACGAGUUAGAUUAGCAACACUAAAAACAUGCAGUAGACAGGGGACAAUUAGUGAAAGUCAACAAUGGGUUAUCGAAAUCCUAACAACAAACCCGGAUGUGUUGGAUAAUUUCCCAGAUGCAUCCAUUGACGAAUUCGAAGAAAUCCAGUUGGAACAGAGGACAUCAGUGACAACAACCGUCAGUUCGCCAAUUUUCGGUGGAUUAUUAAAACGGAACCAUGGGAGAGGAAAUAUCAUAUGGGACAUGAUAGGAUGGGGACUAAUGAAACAUGGUAAGUCACCCGAUGAAAAAUGUUUAACACACAAUGGCGUUGACAAACCAAUAACCCUCGAAGCAUGCGAUCCUAAUUGGAUCAAAUGUCAAACAAGCCUACAAAAAUUAUUAACAAGUAAUGACCCCUUGGUGCAAUCACAAACAACCAUGGCCAACUGUAGCGAAGCCUCCAGCAAGGGCCAAGCCUUCGAAUAUUCCUCCGACUUCACGAUAAGACCAUUUAACACAAACAACUGCAUUAAAGCAAACACAACGAUGCUCAUCCUGCACGAAUGCUCAGAUAAAAGUUCCAUCUGGGGAACAUUCGAUCACACAGGACAAUUAAUGGCCAGUGAUAGAACAGGACUUCAUUCAGGCGCUUCGGACCGGAAAUGCCUAACAAGACGGAUCGACAAAUUAUCGUUGGGACACUGUCAUGGAACAAGCCAGAAACAACAUUUUAGCUUCGAGUACCGGAAUCCACAUCAACCUAGAACAUUGUCGGCAGCAGCAAUAAUAUCUCUACAUACUCAACACGCUUUAUUUGGAAAAAAUCUACCAAUCUUGCCACCAUUGAACCAUCGUGAUCCAAAGGAGAUUAACUAUAAAACAAACGCAACGGAAGGAAUAACUAAAAAUUCGACCAUAACGACAAAGUCAGCAACAUCCAUGACUGCUACAACAGAUAAAUCAGUCAUACCUUCCAUUGCAGCCAAGGUAACAACAAGUGCGAAGACAGAAACAACAACAACAACGAUUAGGCCGACUACAACCACAACAAAACCGACAACAACCUUCAGAACAACAACAACAAAAUCAACUACUACCACAAAAAAGCCGACAACAACCACAAAAAAUCCGACCACAACCACACAAAAACCGACCACAACCACACAAAAACCGACCACCAUCAUUCAAAAGCCAAAUAGUACCACACUAAAAACAACCUCUAUCACACAAAUACCAGCCUCUACACCCAAAUCAACUGCAACAUCAAAAUCUACUACAAAAUCAACAGAAGCAGAGAAAUUACCAACAAUAACAUCAACAACCGCAUCAACAACAUUAACUAGUACAUCACUCAAAACGACUAUCACGACACAGUCAUCUACAACUACAGAAAAAGCUUCAAGACAACAAAAAGAAAAUACAGCACACGAAAUUGUAGUAGAUGACUUUCGACCGCUAAUCGACGCUAAUACAAGUAACGGUCUACCAAAAUCCACUGAGGAGCUAAGUGACUUGAUAAAAUACGAGCUUGGAAAGAUGCACGAGCAAUACAAAAUCAGUAUUGAAACUGAACACGACAAUAAAUUGGCAAAAGAAAUUCGGGAUGUAUACUGUCAGUUAUCAAAGAUAAAACGAACGCAAGCCAUAAUCUUUGCCCAAACAAAUGGAUUGCUUGCAGCCGCCGCACUCGGACUUCCAAUGUGUACAAGGAUAUAUGGUUUUGGUCAAGCCAUGACAUUGCAACAAUGCGACCCAAAAAGGAUAUCACUAUCAGCAAAAGAGACCAAGUGUGGGUUCCAGCCAUUUUUCGUUUAUGGAAAAAACAACUGUACGAUCGGACUCGGCGGAUGGUCUGUUCACCCGUAUUCGGAGUGUUUUUGGAAAUCACAAUUGAUAAACAUCAACGGAUACCCUCAUACGUGGUAACAUAACGCAACAGCAGGAGACUGGAUUAAACAAGAGGCGACCAUACACACCUCAAAUCUGGAUUUAAUUGCAGAAUUCGAAGAACUGCACUUAAACAGUUUCGACUAUGGAUUAAGGAACCAUCCAGCUCAUGGAACAAUGGAAAUGGAACAGCUAAACAUCCUAAAUGACCUGGUGGGACGAAUUAAUGAAGGCGAAGGCAAAGAGUUACCUGAUAUCCUAGUAACAGAAGAACAGGACAAUCAAAUCGGAAACAUGUUUUCCUGGUUUGACACCUUAAAAAUCAUGGCUCUUUCAGCGAUAGGAUUCAUCCUAUUUCUCAUCUGUCAAGAAAUGGAUUCAAUGAUACCAGAACCCAUCUACAGCGCUGGAGGAGCAAAUGAAAAACCAUUCAUUAGGGAAUUUGCACCUUUAAUGACGUUAGCAACAGAAACACCAAAAGAAACCCUUACGUCGAUAAACACACCGAGUGCACCAAAGAAAGGAAAAUUGUAUCCUAUCGAAGAAUUAAAAUGGGAAAACGAGCAAAACAAGGAGUGUACGGGAAGUCAUACGACCUGCAGCUAUGUCGUUGGCUACGGAAUGGUGUGGGAGGAUCUAUGCAGAUGUACUCCAGAAGACCAUUUAAAAUGCACAAUUAACAAAUAACGAUUUAAAAAAAAAAAAAAAACCAAAACAAAAAAUCAUAGAUGUAGUAAAGGAUUUUAUUUCCAAUCAGUACUUAAAAAAAAAA